UGACAUGACAUUUCAAUCAAAAAUCUGGAUUAUGAACCUGACUGAACUAAGUUUUGCUUUUGCUAAUCGCUAGGAAAACGUCUGGUCGCUAAUAUUAAAAUACGUUACAUAUAUCUCUAAUAAUUCUCUUUUCGAGAAAUUAUUAAAGCUACCGUACGUUACUCUAAACUUUUACAUCGAAGUUAUUAUGGCUUCACCAUUAGAACAAUUUGUAAACAAUGUACGAACAAUAUCAGCUUCAGGUAACUUUCGUGACCUGUGCGACAUUAUAUCGAAAUCAGAUGAAGUGUUGCAGAGAAACAGUGCUCAUUUAAAUACAGUUCUUGAAACACUGGAUAUACAACAACAUUCACUAGGCGUCUUGGCAGUACUAGUAGCUAAGUUUUCAUUGCCUCAGGGUUCUAGUGAUUUAGAUAAAUCAACCAUGUUUCAACAAAUAUGUGAUUUUAUAAGCAAUUGUAAUGGAGAACAAGUCCGCUUCUGCCCUGAAUUAUAUGCAGAAUUAUGUCAUUUGCUUACGGACCACCUUGUUGAGAUGAAACAACCAAUUAAAGGAAUUGAGAUAUUAAAAAAAGCCAUUAGGAAAAUUCAAUUGUUUGAUUCUCAACUGACAUCCAUUCAUGCUGAUUUGUGCCAAUUGUGUCUAUUAUCAAAAUGUAUGAAACCUGCCCUUGAAUUCUUAGACACAGAUGUUACAGGAAUAGGAUCUGAGCUUGGAGGAAAUAAUGACUCGAAACAUUUUUUACUCUAUUAUUAUUAUGGAGGAAUGAUAUAUGCUGCCCUUAAAAAUUAUGAAAGAGCUCUAUAUUUUUUUGAAGUUGUUGUAACUGUCCCAGCAAUGGUAGUCUCUCAUAUAAUGCUUGAAGCGUAUAAGAAGUAUAUUUUAAUUUCACUUAUUCUACAUGGAAAGAUACUACAAAUGCCCAAAUACACUUCACAAGUUGUAUGCCGUUUCUUAAAACCUCUGUCUGUUGCUUAUCAUGAUUUGGCUGCUUCCCAACAUGCUGCUGUUAAACACAGAGAAACAUUUGUCCGUGACAAGAAUAUGGGAUUGGUCAAUCAGGUGCUUAGUUCAAUGUACAAGAAGAAUAUACAACGUCUUACCAAAACAUUUCUGACCCUAUCUUUAAGUGAUGUAGCAUCACGGGUUCAACUCUCUGGGCCUGCUCAAGCUGAAUCAUAUAUAUUAAAUAUGAUUGAGGAAGGUGAAAUAUAUGCUAUGAUAAAUCAGAAAGAUGGUAUGGUAGUGUUCUUGGAUAGUCCUGAGAAGUAUGCCUCCCCAGAAACUUUGUGCGUUUUAGAACAGCAAAUGGCUGCUUGUACUAAGCUUCACCAGUACAUACAAGAAAUGGAUGAACAAAUUCAAGUGAACCCACAGUAUGUGAAAAAAUCUGUUGGAUGCCAUGAUGAGGAUAUGCCAGCAACAAGUCAAAACUCAAAAACUACAUAUUCUAUGUGAAGAUUUUAUUUGUAACAUAACAAUAUAUUAUGUAAGCCUUUAGUGAUUAAAUAUCAAUGAACU